UUACACCUCUGGUCGAAGUUCACGUCCUCCCCUUUAGCACGUUUGCUAUUCUAUAUGUUAAAUCAGUGCUAAAACUGUUUAUUUAGGGUGUUUUAGCAGCUGAGAAUUUGACAGCACUGCCAUAACACGAUCCGUCAGAGUUGAGUCUCCUGUUCGCAAAUUUCUUUGGUUUAAAAAUGCUGGGGAAGCUGUCAUCAGCCAUGCAGCGCUACAUAUCAGCAAAUUCCUGCAGACCUGAUGUGCUGUUUAAAAUUCACUCCACCGUGGGUGAGGCUCUAGCUGAGCAUCGGCCUGUCGUGGCUCUGGAGAGCACCAUCAUCACACAUGGAAUGCCGUACCCUCAAAACCUGAGCACGGCCAAAGAAGUGGAGGACAUUGUGAGAGCUGAGGGCGUGACUCCAGCCACGGUGGCUGUUCUGGAGGGAAAGGUGCACGUGGGCUUGUCUUCAGAUGAGCUUGACUUCCUGGCCCGCAGUAAAACGACCCUCAAGGUGUCCAGGAGAGACAUGCCUUAUGUUAUCAGCAAGGGUUUGUCUGGAGGAACUACUGUCUCGGGUACAAUGAUCGCAGCUCAUAAAGUGGGAAUUCCUGUUUUUGUGACUGGAGGUAUCGGUGGAGUACACAGAGAUGGAGAAAAUACCCUGGAUGUCAGUGCAGAUCUGACUGAACUAGGUCGCACUCCGAUUGCUGUGGUGUCUGCUGGGGUCAAAUCCAUCCUGGACAUUGGCCGAACCCUGGAGCUCUUGGAAACUCAAGGGGUCUGUGUAGCCACUUACGGAGAGUCAAAGAGUUUCCCAGCGUUCUUUUCUCAUAAAAGUGGAUACACAUCACCUUAUAAUGUCCUCAAUGCUGAUGAGGCAGCUGAGCUUAUUGCAAGUUCACUCUCUCUGGGCCUUCAGAGUGGAGUCCUGCUUGCUGUGCCUAUUCCAGAUGAAUAUGCUGCUGCUGGACAGCAGAUAGAAGAUGCUAUACAAGCUGCUGUCACUGAAGCCAGGCUGAAAGGAAUCAGAGGAAGAGAUGUGACCCCCUUCAUCCUACACAGAGUCAAUGAGCUCACUGCAGGACAGUCUCUCCGAGCCAACAUAGCUCUAAUUCAUAAUAAUGCCAGGGUGGGCAGUCAGAUAGCGCGUGCCCUGUCUAAGCGCACGCAUCAUCCACGAGGAGGCUGUACGAGCCACGAGGAUGAGAACCAGGGUUCAAAACCUAAAACUAUUGUUGUUGGAGGUGUAAAUGUUGACUUCAUUGCUAAAGGAACAAGCAAGAAGUUAUUGUUUGGACAGACAAACCCAGGGAGUGUCUGCCAGUCCUUUGGUGGAGUGGGUAGGAAUAUUGCAGACUGUUUGAGUAGACUGGAUCAAAAAAUUCAGUUCAUCUCAGCCAUUGGAGCAGAUUCACAUAGUGAUGCUGUGCUCAACUACUGUAAGCAUAUGGACACGUGUGCAAUUGCGAGACUGAAGGGUCAGCGAACGGCUACUUACUGUGCUGUCAUGACAGAGAGUGGAGAGCUGAGUCUAGGACUUGGGGACAUGGACAUACACCAGGAAAUCAAAGAGCAGUAUGUUUCGCAGUACGAGGACCAGCUCUCUUCUGCAUCUCUUGUGGUUCUUGAUGGCAAUAUUCCUGUUUCUACUAUUGAUUACAUAUGCAGCCUUGCCAAGAAACACUCAGUUCCAGUAUGGUACGAGCCCACAGAUGCUGAUAAGGCCUGUAAGCCCUUCGUUUCAGAGAGCUGGAAGGCACUCUCUUACACUUCUCCCAACCUGGCAGAGCUGUGUACCAUAAACCAGGCUCUCUGUCUACCUACUCCACAGGUGUUACCAAGCUCUCUGGAGGAUGCGUUGGAAUGCGCAGCAGCUCUUUCUCGCCCCCUGCUGGAGCACCUACACUGCGUGGUAGUGACACUGGGUGCACUGGGAGUGUUGGUCUGUGGAGAGCAUGAGGCUGGAACAGUCAGUCUGCGACCCCGAAAGCACAAACGGAAAGGAAGACUGUGUGCUGUGUACUACCCGGCGCUGUCGGUACGUUCUGAAGAAACGGUCAACGUCUCUGGAGCAGGAGACAGUCUUGCAGGUGCGAUGAUAGCAGGGAUCCUGCAGGGGAAAGACACAGACACCUGUGUGCGCAUGGGCCUCCUCGCUGCACGUCUCUCUUUAUUCUCUCCUCACCCCAUCCCUCCAUCUCUGACCACAGAUGCCAUCCUCCCAGACAAAGUGCACCCACAACCCUGGCCCAAGCCAACCUACAUGUGGAUGGAGUCAUAAAAACUGGGCUGUUAAAAAAACUCACAAAAUCACAAUAUACCCACAUCAAGCAAAUUUGAUCUGCCAGAACUGCCUUCUUUCAGUUCCUAGGAGAUGGACUGAUGUUCUUGUUCAGAUGAGACACACAUAAGAGAAUAAUUGUUGUUAUAGGAAAUUAAUAAAUGACAGGCUGAUAUGUUGUGACUUGACGUGAAGCGGAGUUACUGUUACCACCCUGAAGUUAAUUAUUUUCCUAUAACGCCAACUCCUGAAGUUUUAUUCCACUUAUACUAUAGCAAUUUAUCAACGAUUACAAUUUUUAAUUGAUCAACGUCAUGCCGUACUUUGUUUAUAGUUACAUUUAAAGUUGUGGAGCAUCUGUGAAACAAUUUAAUACCUCAAUGUGUAGACACUGACUGAAGUGAAGCUUAAAUAAAUGUCUCCUUAUAGAAAACUACAAAAUAGUAAGGACACUUUUAUAAUAACACUAUUUUAAAAAUCCAUUUAUGGUUUAACAUAAACAAAUUGUGUGGAGCAUUGACUAUACAGUACAAGUCCCUGUGUAUGACUUCAAUUCAAUUCAGUUUUAUUUGUAUAGUGCUUAUAACCAUGGACAUUCUCACAAAGCAGCUUUACAGAAAUCUAUAAAUUCAGGAUAUAAAUUUUAAUGUAUAAAUUUAUUCCUAAUGAGCAAGCCAGAGGUUUUGGUGGCAAGGAAAAGCUCCCUGAGGUAAUAUGCGGAAGAAACCUUCAUUGAGAGGAACCAGACUCAAAAGAGAACCCAUCCUCAUCUGGGUGACACCAGAUAGAGCAAUUAUAAAUAAUUCCCUUCUAUAACUGUGUACCACAUGGUCAAAAAGUGCAAUUGUGUAAACAGGAAAUUCAUUAUAGUUUUAACAUGAAGUCUAUUUUGUUGAAGUUUUCAACUGUUCACUGAUGGAGGCUUGAGUGUUCAUGGCAAUUGCAGUCCUGAACCAUCGUACCAAAACUGUUCGUAUCAAUUGCAGUCCAGAGCCAUCUUCAUGGUUUUUAAGUGGAACAAUCCUCAGUAAUCUCAUGUAUCUUUAAUCUGUCCAUGUGGGGCACAUCCUUAGCAACAGUGAGUGAUUUCCAAGUUAUGAGAACUCCAACCAGAUGUAGGGCAUCAGGAUGGAUCAGUUAGGUCCAGAGAGCAGAAGGGGUCAGGAUCAUUGGUACCUCAUGACUUAUUACUAUAGAAACAAUAAAGUAUUAGAACAUCACGCUAUUAUAGCCAUGCGAUUUGAAUUAGCUUCUGCUUGGAGCUUCCUUGACCUGAGAGUCACUUGCUGCUGGGGAUAGCCCUGCAUGAAUAGAGUAAAGUUUGUCGUGUAAAUGAUUGCCGAUGUUCUCACUUGGACAGCACGUGAAUAAUGAUUGCACUUGCUAGAAACUGUGCUCAAAUCUCAUUCAUUAUACAAUAGAUAACUUCACCUGGAUAUUCAAGUUCAAGUUUAUUUAUAAAGCACAUUUUUAAAAAACAACAAAUGUUGUAAC